AUUUACAGCACAUUGCGAUUACAGGAUGGGCGUGUAAGCAUUGCGAUCGCACUGCAUGCUAGUUUACACCGUCCACAGGUUACCAAACCUUCUUUUCUUGUCGCAGUGCUGUAAUAACUUUAUGAAAUAAACAUAAAAUAGAGAAGAGGCAGCAGAAUGAGAAUAUCGUUUUACCGGUUUAAAAUCUCUGGGGUGAAAGCAAACCAAGCCAAGGAUGAUGUAUAUGCACCAACUCAGUGAACCACAGCAGUAAUAUCGUAUGUGAAAACUACGGCGAAACUGUAAUCGGUACUGAGGGAGAGAACUGGUCUGUGGGAUCAUAAACUGGGACUGCAGGCCACCUUUAAGAUGACCUGAUGGAGCAGCCCUUUCAGUUUUUCUAUCUUGUGGUAAUAGGUAGUAGGAAGCCCUUGUGGGAAAUGUUCCAUAAGGUCACACUACUGGCAAUGUGCAUCUGGACACAGACGCCCACGGCCCUGGGCCUGGAUGCCUGUUCUCCAUUUCCCCGCUCUGCUGUGGAUUUUACUGUUACUUACCCCAUACUGUACUUUCAGGCACAGGGCCCCAUACAGAACAUUGUCAUUAAUGAGGAUUUUAUGGACGUUUAUGUGGCAUCACGCAAUCGAAUCGAGGCGGUCAAUGCCGACCUGAGCAAGUCCUGGGAGUUGCGCACGGGCCCUGUCCGCAGCUCUGAGUGUGAGAUUUGUGACCUGUGCGAUAUUCCCCGGGAUAUUGAUGUGUCAGAGGACACUGAUAACCAAGUCUUGCUGAUGGAUCUGCAGUCAUUUCCUCCAUAUUUAUAUUCAUGUGGGAGCUCCCAGCAUGGGGUGUGUUAUUUCCAUGUGCUUGACCAAAAAGGGCAGCGGCCUUCUACCUCAACCUGCCUCUUUAAAGGGGAAUCUAAUUCUCCAGAUUUCUGUCCGGAUUGUGUGGCCAGUCCUCUUGGAACAAAAGUGAGCAUCGUGCAGUUCGGUCAGAUAUCCUACUUCUUUGUCGCCGCCACAGUUAAUGAGAGCGUUGCCCAGAGUUACGGCAGACAGUCUAUUUCAGUGCGACGGCCGCUAGCGACGGAGGACGGAUUUCAUACAGACGUGCCAGCACUGACCGUACUGCCCGGCCUGCGUGAUUCCUACCGCAUCGACUACAUCUACAGCUUCGUCACAGCGGAGUUUGUCUACUUUGUGUCUGUGCAGAGGGAGAUGCCAGACGACAAACGCUCCCCGCUUCAGACUCGCCUCGGCCGGCUUCCGCGAAGCAACCUGGAGAUGUGGAUGUAUCGGGAAAUGGUCUUGGAGUGCAGCUUCAAGCCCAAGAGGAGGAGGAGAAGUGGGAUGAAUCGCGACAUAAUUUUCAAUGCGAUCCAGGCGGCACAUUUCGGGAAGGCGGGCAAGGAGCUGGCGAAAGAGUGGGGCAUACAGGAGACGGAGGACAUCUUGUACGGCGUGUUUGCAGUGACUCCUAGCACCGGCGAGCCCCGCAAGCACUCCGCUCUUUGCCUUUUCCACCUCAGCAGGGUCAACAAAGACAUGGAGGAUGGAGUGGAAGCCUGCUGCCGUAAUGGCACAGAGCGCCUGUCGCGAGGCCUCUGCCACUUCCAGCCUUGCAUGAGUUGCCCCCAUGAGAACAUGGAGAAUAAUGUCACCUGUAAGGAAAAACCCACGCUGGUGGCUAAACCCUACAUCAGAGUGGACUUCUUUGACAGUAAGAUGCAAGGUGUCCUUCUGACGUCUUUGCUGGUUACUAUCAUUGAUAACAAGACUGUGGCACAUAUUGGAACCAGUGAUGGACGCCUGCUUCAGGUUGUCCUAAGAAGAUCAAAUCCUAUUGUCUUUGCCAAUUACUCUUUGGUAGACAACCAGAAAGUGUCUCCAAUAGCCACUGUUUUUUCAGAAGAGUCCCUUCUCUUUGUGGUUGGAAACAAGAUGUUCAGUGUACCCCCGAAAGGCCCAGGGUGUCGUCACUUUCUGUCAUGUGGCCUUUGCCUGACUGCACCCAAAUUCAUGGGGUGUGGCUGGUGCGGCAGGGAAUGUUCCUGGAAGGAUAACUGCAGCACUGAAUGGAGGACAAACUCCUGUCAGCCUGUCAUUACCGAGUUUCUUCCAAAAUCAGCACCCCCUAAUGGUGAAACAGAGCUGACGCUGUUUGGCUCGGAGUUGAUGUCACCCUUACAGUCUGCUGACAGUGUGAGAGCUUAUAGGGUAAAAGUAGGAGAGGCCGACUGUAAAGUGCUGCGUGAGAAAAGCAACAGCACCCAAAUAACGUGCCAGAUACUUCAGGCAAAUGCCAACUUGUCUCAGCUUGUCUCUAUCUCUGUGGGAGUAUAUGAAGAGCCAGUAGAGGGAUGCUACGUCAUCGAUGGUGAAACCGAAAUGCAUGGAUUUAUGUUUGUGGAGCCACAGAUCACAGAAAUUCUCCCAGAUUAUGGGCCAUAUGUUGGGGGAACGCUGAUUACAGUCAAAGGACCCUACCUGAAUGCUGGAAGGAACAGACGUGUAACACUUAGCAAUGAGAUCUGCAAGAUUGAGAGUGUGUCAACGGGCAGCGGAAACCUUUCUUCCAUUGUGUGCUCGUCACAGCCUGUGGCAGCCCCCAGACAAGCUUCUCUGUCUGUAUACAUUGACCAAUCUGCAGUGCUCACAACCCAAGUGUUCCACUACAUGGAGAAACCCACCAUAACAGAAGUGCGCCCAGAUUGCAGCUUUAAAACUGGAUCCCAGAUCACCAUCAAAGGUAGCCAUCUGGAUUCUGUUUACAAGACCAUCGUCCGAUUUAAGCCCAAAUUCCGGGACCCUGUACAGAGGGAUUGUAUCAGGAUAGCCAAUUACACAGAUCUGGAAUGCAUAACUCCUUCCGUGCCGGGAGAGGACUCAGUGGAAGGAAUACUGUCCUUUGACAUGGAUGGUGCACGACAGCUCUGGAAUCAGACAUUCUGGUACCAUCCAUAUGCGGAACCUUUUGCCUUCCAUCAGGAUAAUAGAACACUACGACUGUCUUCUAUCGAAGAUGAAGUGACUGUAUCUCACAGCAGACUCAACUUGGUGAAUUCUUGCAUGAAAAUCAUCAUGACAGUGGGAGGAGUGGACUGUAAUGUUAAAAUCCUGGACAACAAAAUCAUCUGCAGAAUCCCUAAAAACAUGACUGUACCUAAUGAAGGUUUGCCUGUGCAGGUGUCUGUAAAUGGGCAGCUACAUGAAGUUGGCAGGGUGAUUAUUUCCACUAACAACGCUGAGGUUGGCAUCAUACUGGGAAUUUUUUGUGCCCUGGUUACUGGGGCCCUUUUAUCCUUCCUCAUCACAAAAUAUCUGAGAGGGAAAAAAGAAGCUAAACUGGUGGAGCACCGCCUCUCUCGCCUUUCCAGCUAUAACCAGACCCACAGCACUGUAGACAGGCCAUUGGUGGGUGACUACAGACAAGAGUCAGUCAUGGAAUCCCCAGGCUUCUCAGCAGUGGCAGCCCAAUCGGGCCUGUCCUGUAGCAGCAACUUUGACACUUUGCUCACCCCACUCAUGCCCCCUGAAAAGAUCUCUGUCUCCAGUCUGCGCCCAGAGCUUUUGGAGGAAGUGAAGGAUGUGCUGAUUCCAUCACCAGCACUCCGUGUGCACUACCAUCAGAUCAUUGGAAGAGGUCACUUUGGAACAGUAUAUCACGGUCAUUUUACAAAUGAGAACAACCAGUUAAUUCAUUGCGCUGUAAAGUCAUUAAACAGAAUCACAGAAAUGGAGGAAGUGGAGCAGUUCCUGAAGGAGGGAAUCCUAAUGAAAGAGUUUCAUCACAAUAAUAUUCUCUCCCUACUGGGAAUCCUCAUACCUCAGGAAGGGCUCCCCCUGGUGGUGCUUCCUUACAUGAAACAUGGAGACUUACGCAAUUUCAUUCGCAGUCAACAGAGAAAUCCAACUGUGAAGGACCUCAUUGGCUUUGGCCUGCAGGUUGCCAAGGGCAUGGAGUAUUUGGCCCUGAAGAAAUUUGUACACAGGGAUCUGGCAGCACGGAACUGCAUGCUAGACGAGUCAUACACUGUGAAGGUGGCGGAUUUUGGCCUGGCUCGUGAUGUUUUUGAUAAGGAGUAUUACAGUGUCCAAGACCAGAAGAGAGCCAAACUACCAGUCAAGUGGAUGGCUAUUGAAAGUCUACAGACACAAAAGUUUACAACAAAAUCAGAUGUGUGGUCCUUUGGGGUUCUUAUGUGGGAAUUGCUGACCAGAGGAGCGAGCCCCUACCCAGAUGUCGAUCCCUAUGACAUCACUCGUUACUUGUUUAAAGGACGCAGACUCCCCCAGCCAGAGUUCUGCCCAGACUCUCUGUACGCCAUCAUGCUGCAGUGCUGGGACCCUGAUCCAGAGAGAAGACCUACUUUUGCCACCCUGGUCACUGAGAUCAGUGAGAUCAUCUCUGGCCUGGAGGGGGAGCACUACAUCAACGUAAAAGUCAGUUAUAUCAAUCUGGACAUGCCACACCCCUACCCAGAACAGCCAGACACUGCCUGCGGAUGUGACUCCCCCACCACUGACAGCUCCUGUUCCACCCCGUCCUGAACGUGUCCACAUGAUCGCACAACCUUAGCAACUGUCAACCCAAACACUGACUGCAGCAACGCUGUCGUCAUACCGUUCCUGCCAUAACGUGUUCUUGCAAAACCUGUUUACGAAAAAUCUUCUGAUCCAGUUGUUCACUGGCAUCUGCCGCAGUACUUGUCCAAGUCCGUUUGGUAAAACAGCUCGGAUGUGGUCUCAGCAGUGGGAGUCUGGAUGCCUUUUUUUUUUGGCAGCUUGCACAAGCGGAUGGUUUAAGUGAUUUCUGUGCUUCCAUGUGUCACUUUGAAUAGCAAAAGUUUGGAUGAUGUUGAUGACGACCACAUACCUGACAUUCUUCAUAACCGAAAUACAAUGUGGCAGCUCGUUAUCCAUGGAGAUGCACCUUCUACCACUCACAUCUUUUUUAUCCAUACAUAAUGUUUUAUAUUUACCAAUGAAUGCAAUAAAUGAAUGUGAUUUACAGAACAACA